AUGACUGAAACCGCUGAGGAAAAGAGGUCGUCGCGUAAGAGAAAGAAUGAAACUGAGGAAGUUUUACCCAAAAGACAACCAAAAAGGGCGGCAAAGACCAAGAUCGAAACAGCCAGAGCCGAAACUGCAACCACCAAGGCCAAACAGAAAAAGACUGAGAACAAAAAGAGCAAAUCCGCAGCAACUAAGAUACCAACCGCAAAAUCGUUUCUUGCUAGUGCUCGUGAGUUAAAAGUCGAAAUAUCUCAUGCUCAAGUGGAAGAUGGUAAAGCGGAUACCAAAGCCACCGACAAUACCGAAUCUGACAAGCCAUUGGAAAAUGAUGGAAUAAAGGACAAGAAAGGAAAUGCUGAGGAGGAAACAAACAAGGCUUCUAAUGGGAUCACAACGUUGUUCUUGCUCACAGCCAAGCCUCAAAAGUUUAAGACUGGCAGUUACGGUUGGAGUGCCAAUCAACCUAAGGCCAACAUUACGGUUAUUAUCGAUGACAAACCAGUCGAGUUGUCUGCUACGAUCAAUCUGAAUAUAGCUGUACAUAGUUCUAAGCAAUAG